CUUCCGCUCUCCGGACGGACAGAGACCUUCCGCCUGUUCCUCGACCGUUUUGUGCGCACUUGCAUUCUGCAGGACAAACGAGUGUUUCUCACAGUUGUGUACUUUGGCAAGGAGGGACUUUCCACGGUCAAGGACAUGCUGUCAGGGAUGGCCCACACUUACAAGUUUAAAUAUAUCAAGCUGAUUAGCCUGAAGGAGAAGUUCUCGCGUGGCCAAGGGCUUCAGGUUGGUGCCCUCAACUGGCGCAACGGCAAUGUACUCAUGUUUUUCUGCGAUGUCGACAUUGUGUUCGGUGUGGACUUCUUGGAGCGAUGUCGACUGAACGCAACUCCAGACAAACGGGUUUACUACCCUAUUGUUUUCAGCCUGUAUAACCCCAACGUCGUCUAUUCCCUCCACGACAUGCUCAUACCCCCGGAGAAGGACCAAUUGGUGAUAUCGAGGGACACAGGGUUCUGGAGGGAUUUCGGUUAUGGAAUGACGUGUCAGUACAAGUCCGACUUCCUCACCAUCCGUGGAUUCGACGAGCAGAUCACCGGCUGGGGCGGCGAGGACGUGCUGCUCUACCAGAAGUACGUGCGCAGCAAGUACCUGGUGAUAAGGGCAACGGAUCCGGGGAUAUUCCACCUGUACCACGGAAAAACAUGCGACCCCAGCCUCACUCCAAAGCAAUAUCGCAGCUGCAUCCAAUCAAAGGCCCUGAACGAGGCGUCACACGCACAGCUUGGACUCUUGGCAUUCAAGGACGAAAUAGACAUA